ACGUUCGCGUGCGCGUCCCCCCGGCCAGGACGACGUGAUGACGUUACCCGACGUUUGCACGCCAAGGCGGGAGCUCGGCCACCGGCAACAUGGCGGCGCCGAAGCGUAAGGUGUCGAGUCAGAGAGAUGCUGCGAGCAAAAGGGUGUCGAGCGGCUCCAGGCCCGUUGAGCAGGAGGUCGACAGGACGGGCUGCCAGUUCGUGGAGGGAGCCAUCGUUCGGAUCAAGAUGGAAAACUUCCUAACUUACGAUUCCUGUGAGAUAUUUCCUGGGGCCAAUUUGAACAUGAUAGUGGGUGCCAAUGGCACUGGAAAAUCCAGCAUAGUGUGUGCAAUUUGUCUGGGCUUGGCAGGAAAAACUUCCUUUAUUGGGAGAGGUGACAAGGUUGGUCUUUAUGUGAAACGUGGAAGUAACAGAGGAUCCAUUGAACUUGAACUCUACAGGCGUUCAAAAAACCUUAUCAUUAGUCGAGAGAUUUCUGUUGCAAAUAACCAAUCAACUUGGCAAAUAAAUGGAGAACAUGCAACUCAGAAAAUGGUUGAAGAGCAGGCUGCUUCUUUGAAUAUUCAAGUGGGCAAUCUCUGCCAGUUUCUACCUCAGGAGAAAGUUGGUGAGUUUGCAAAAAUGUCGAAAAUUGAGCUUCUAGAAGCAACAGAAAAAUCAGUUGGUCCACCAGAGAUGUAUAAAUUUCACAGUGAUUUAAAGAAUUACAGAGAAAAGGAGAAAGAACUGGAGAACACGUGUAAAGAAAAGUCAGUUGCUUUGGAGAAAAUGAAACAGAGAAAUGAGCGAAGUGAGCAAGAUGUGCAGCGAUAUUAUGAACGACAGAGACAUUUGGAUAAAAUAAAAAUGCUGGAAAGAAAGCGACCCUGGGUGGAAUAUGAAGCAGCUCGACAGGAGCAUGAAGAAGUGAAGCAGCUCCGUGAACAGCUGAAACAAGAACUGAAAGCACUAAAAGAAUCAGUGGCUCCAGUGACCAGACGAAUUCAAGUUGUUGAAAGGCAAUGUAGGGAGCAGGAGGCGAAAGUCAAGGAAAAGGGGUCAGAAAUUAAGAAAAUCUCUCAGGAGUGCAAACAAAAGCAAGAUUUAUUGGAACGGAAAGACAAAGAGGUUGAAGAAGUUCAGCAAAAUUUAAGAAUGAAAAAUGACGAAGAAAUUGACCGUCAGAAAAGAAUAAGCAACACAAAGAAAAUGAUUGAUGACUUGCAAAAUGAACUAAAUGCUACAGGGAAUUAUGACCAUGUGCAACCCGAGAUAGACCAAAUCAGCACUGCCCUCCGGAAAGUUCAAGAGGAAAAGGGAGCCAUCGACACCGAGAAGGCCGAGCUGCGAAGAGAGAAGGAAAAUUUAGAGAAAGAGAAAAAGAAGGUUAUGGCUAAUAUCAAAAGGCUUGAAGACAUGAUGAACUUUAAAGAAGCAAAACUUCGAGAUCGGUUUAAGGAUACAUACAAUGCUGUCCUAUGGUUAAGAGAGAACAGGGAUAAAUUCCGUGGACACAUCUAUGAGCCAAUUAUGCUCGAGCUCAAUAUGAAGGACUCUAGAAAUGCUAAGUAUGUUGAAAACCAUAUUUCAUUGAAUGACCUGAGGGCCUUUGUUUGCGUGAACAUGGAAGAUAUGGAUAUAUUCCUUCGCGAGGUCCGUGAUACACAGAGGCUAAAAGUGAAUGCGGUGUGUGCGCCUUCCAUUUCAGCGGCAGGGAAGCGGCCUACUAGACCCAUUCAGGAACUUCAAAUUUAUGGUUUUGUAUCUUAUUUGCGAGAGCUGAUCGAUGCACCAGAACCUGUAAUGAGCUUUCUUUGUGAGCAGUACAGAGUUUAUGAUGUUCCUAUAGGAACUGCAAAGACUAAAUCGAUGAUUGAAAAGGUGAUAAAAGAAACUCAACUGCGUCAGAUCUACACAGGAGAUGAGCGAUACAGUGUUAAAAAAUCUGCAUAUUCCAAUAAGACCGUUUCAAGUAACACAGCAUUGAGAAAUGCACAAUUCCUCCUCGUUCAAGUGGAUGUGGAGGAAAGAAGACGAUUGGAUGAUCAAGCAAAAGGGAUAACUGCAAAGCUAAAUGCAGUGGAAUCACGCAUUGCUGAAAUUUCUGAGACGUACAGGCAUCUGGAGCGGAAAGAUAAUGAACUAAGGACAAAGAAAAAAGAACUUUUGGAGAUGAAGAGCAAAAGAAGGCAAUUAGAACAAAAAAUCAGCACAAAGAACGACAGUCUCAAGCAGAUGGAGAUGGACACCAUCAAUCUUCAAGAGGAAGAACAAAAAGCUAAUGCGAAGAUGAAGGCAAUUUAUACCCAGAAAGCCAAACUUGUUUCGGAAUUAACGCAGCUCAUCAAGACCUGCAUGACACUGAACAUGGAGAAAGUUUUCUUUGUUCUCGAUAACACUUUGUUAAUUUAUCAGAAGAAUCAGGUGGAAACUGAAUUUAAAGAAUCUAAUGCAGAGCAAAAAAUCAAAGAGCAACAAUAUAGAAGUCUGGAUGACAAAAAACACAGACUUUUGAAUACAUGUAAGGAGCGUAUGAAAGCAGCUAGAGAAAUCUGUGACUUGGAUCCAAAUCAAAAAGAUAUCCCCCCAGAACUGAUGACAGCAUUUCAGAGUCUUCCUAAUUCACUGGAUGAAAUAGAUGCAUGUCUUAAUGAGGAAAAGUCAAGAGCAUCAUGUUUUACAGGAUUGAAUUUUUCAGUUGUGGAUGAAUACAAGCGGAGGAAACAAGAAAUAGAAAAUUUGACCGAGGAGCUAAAGGGAAAGAAGAGUGAAUUAGACAAUUAUAAACAUAAUAUCUCACAGGUAAAAGAAAGAUGGUUAAAUCCCUUGAAACUGCUUGUUGAACAAAUUAAUGAGAAAUUUGGCGAGUAUUUUCGCUCGAUGCAAUGUGCAGGUGAAGUUGACCUCCCCAUAGAAAAUGAGGAGGAAUAUGACAAGUACGGUAUCCGAAUUAGAGUCAAGUUUCGCAGCAGCACUCAGCUGCACGAACUCACCCAACAUCACCAGAGUGGUGGAGAGAGAAGCGUUUCAACAAUGCUGUAUCUGAUGGCACUACAGGAACUAAAUAGGUGCCCCUUUCGUGUUGUAGAUGAGAUAAAUCAGGGAAUGGAUCCCACCAAUGAGAGGAGGGUGUUUGAGAUGGUGGUGCGUGCUGCUUGCAAGGAAAAUACCUCUCAGUAUUUUUUUAUCACGCCCAAGCUGUUGCAGAACCUAACCUAUGUUGACAACAUGACAGUGCUGUGUGUUUACAAUGGGCCACACAUGCUGCCACCGGGCAAGUGGAAUCUGGAUGCUUUCCUCAGGCGGCGACGGAGGGUGCAAAUACAUAACUGAGAAGCCAUCAGCAUCUCCCUUAUUACAUCAAUACUGUUUACAAGCAAAAGGGUUGCCUUGUGACUCAGGGCUAUUUCUUCAAUUACUUGCAUCAGCAAUCUUUUUCAAAACUACAUAUGGUUUUGAAGAAGGAUCCCGACCCGAAGCAUCACCUAUCCAUGUCCUCCCGAGAUUCUGUGUGACCUGCUGCGUUACUCCAGCCCUUUCGGUUUUGUAUGUUUUUGGAGAAUGGGAUGGUGGAAGAUCUAAAUGUCAUUUUGCCUGUGCUUGACAGUAUACCUUUGCUUAUUAUUUUUGAAAUGAAAGAAAAUAGUAUGUAAUUAUUUGACUGCUGGUAUCCAUUGUGAUCCUGGUGUGUGAACAUGUGUGUUCUGGAACCAAUUGCUCAACAGCCUUGAUGAAUGCGUGUUACAUAAAUGGACUAGAUAUUGCUGAUGCAGCAAUAUAAAUUUGUCCCUUUUUUGGCCACACGCCAUUGUCCUUACGCACAUCUACCCAUGCAGUUAUAUUCAAUGCUUUCAUUCUGGUGUGCCUUGAUCUUAACAGAACUGUUAUAGAGUGUUGUAAAAAGUAAAUGGGAGUCAAGAGUUUCUCUCAGUAAAGAGAGAUUCCAUUUAAAGAUAGAUUCCUCAGUAAAGAUUGAGGAUUUCCAUUUAAUAUCCCUGGAUAUGAGUACUUGCUUCAUUAGCAAAUUUAAUGAAGCAAAUUGCCAGUAAAAUCCUGCUGGAUAUCCCAAUCUUGGGUUGUCUGAUAAAUUUAUGACGACACUUAGAUCAGUUUUGAAUGGGGAUAUGCAGAACCAUUUCCCCUUUUAGGAAAGAGAAAACAUAUAUGCUUCAAAUACAUUUUUGUUAAAACUGUGCCUGUCAGCCAGCAAUUAGAAAAUUAAUAAUCAGCUAUUUCAGUUUAACGAGCAGCUCCCUGUUAGCAGCAGAUCUUAUUUUAAAUAGUGAAAGAAACUUUUGAGUAGUACUAGAAUCCAACUUCUAUUGGAAACGAAAGUUACUCCUCUCUCAAAUUGGAACUAUGCUGUACACAUAAUUCAUGAGCUCUGCAGGAUAAGGUAUUUUGCAUCCUACCUGUCAGGAUGCAUAUUACAUAGAAAGAGAAUAAUACUGAGGGUAAUUUAAAUUGGCUAUCAAAAGCUUUGUCUGUUAUAGAUUUAGCCAGUACUCUAGUUGUGCUGCACGAGCAACUUGUCAAAUUGUGUGCCUUGCACACUUUUUUUAAGACUCACCAAAUCUCUUGUGUUCUCAUGAAAUCACUUGACAGAGGGUUGUUGCCAAGUCCUCCAUAAUUUAUUCAGUAGAACACGGUGUUGCACCAGGUGCAAGGCCUGCAUCUUUGCCUUCAAUAUUGCUGUCGGCCAUAUUAAAAAACAUUGUAAUUUUAAUCUGUGGCAUAAUUCAAAUAUGGAACGUGACUGGUUUAAAAAGUUAUCUAUUUAAAAUGCUGUACUUGCAUCUGCAUUAUUUUUGUAAAUAAUGGAUAACAGAAUAUUUAGUGUCCUAGAGUUGCAGGUGUUUUCUAAUCAGUGUAUUCCAUAAUUUUUACCAAAUAAAUUGCUACAUGCACAAUUUUAAUGAGAACAAAUAUAAUUCUAUAAUUCCUUCCAGUUUUCCCUUGAUCUCCCUGUUACUCCUGUCUCAGCCUGAUAAUGCCUUUAGAGGAAGGCCAAACAUGCCAUAUUCAUAGCUCCAGAUAUUCUAUAAAGGGGAAUAUCUGGGUUCUGAUUCUGGUAUCUGCCCUUUUAGAAUAGAAUGCUAUUUUAUGACUUCAUUGCAACUAAACCAAUUCAUUGAAUUUCCUUCGCAUUAGCUUUUAAUGAAACAUGUUAAAAAAUUGUAUAAUUUUCUCCUUUUGCAUUUUUGUAAAAUUCCAUGGAAAAUAUUUUGGUGUUUAAAUUGUCUUUGAGAACUCACUUGUUGUUUUGAUACUUGUAAUGUGCACUUGCUAUUUGUUUUAAAAGAAAAGAAUUACCCUUUGAAAUGGUUUGUCCCUGUAUGAAGUGAAAUAAAUUAUGUUUAUUUUUGCAGUGUCAUUUUUAAGUUCA